GAGUUUAGCACGUGACCAAAGGAGCACUCGGGAAUUAAAGCUAGUCGGAGUUGGGCGGUUUUGACCGCAAAAUGGAACAUAACAGCCUCGUACAGUCGGGGGGAGCAAGGUGACGCAAAACCGCCGCGCACCACCGCCCGCUGCGACAACUAUGGCGGAAGACGACGAUGACAGCUUCGGCGAUUUCACCUUCGCAUCUACCAAUUACCUCAACACCCAGUUCACCCCACCACCCAAAUCAAUCAACCCCUCUGCUGAAGACGAUGAAUGGGGUGAUUUCGUCGAACACCCUAGCGGAUCUGAACCUUCCACAGCAUCCUCCCUCACCCAAUCCAAACCCUUCGACCCUUUUGGUAAUAGUCGUUCCGUUUCUGAAUCUGGGUGGGUAAAACCUUGUGGUGCUCUUCCGCUUUCAUUAUUCGGCGAAGCAGAAGAAGAAGAUGAUGACGUGGGUAAAGAGAAACAAAAUCCUGCUGAAGCGAAUACCAACACUAAAGUAAGAAAUAACGGUUCUAAUUCCAAUUUGGGUUAUGGAUUUGAUUCAGUUAUUUCAAACUUAUACAACCAAGAUCACAACUUGAAAUCACAAAAUAGGUCACUUUCAAAUUCCAAUAAAUUGGUAGGUUUGAAUAGUGUUAAGUCGAAUUCCAAAGAUUCCGUUUUCCAGUUGAAUGGGUUGGGUUUCGAUCCCAAUUCGGGUUCUCCUUGUGUUAGUAGAGUGCAGAGCUUGAACUACCUGGCUAGCUUGAAUGAAGAGGUUCAACAGAUCAAUACAGGAAGUACAAAUGUAUCAAAUUCAAAUUUUUCUAUGUUGAAUCCGGACUUUGAUUUGUCCAAGUCUAAUCAGAAUGGAUUGGACAGAACUUUGAGUGUAGAUGCUGUAACAAGCUUGAAUGAUCAGUAUCUGCAGAUCAAGACCAAAAGCACUGGGUUUGAUUUCGAGUCGAAUGCAUUGAGUUCUUCAGCAAAUUUCACAAGUUCUAGUUUUGGUGUGUGGACUCCGGUUUUCCAUGUGUCUAAAUCCAAUCAGAAUGGUUUGAAUAGAACUUUGAGUCUGGAUGGUCUCACAAAUUUGAACGAUCAUCAGAGUCAGCAGAUUAAGACUGAAAGUGGGGGGCUCGUUCCCAAUUCAAAUGGUUAUAGUUCUUCUGUAAAUGCACCACGUUCAACUUUAAGUGGAUGGGACUUCGAUUUUGGCGGAUUUGGAUCCGAUGCUGGGAGGUCGAUUUCUGCAGCUAGUCCGGAUAUUAGUGGGUUGAAUUCAAACUUCAAUGCUGUUGGCUCAAGUGAAAAUUUGAAUAAUGCUCACAACAACAAUGAUGUCAACGAUGAUGAUGAUGAUGAUGAUGAUGGAUGGGAGUUCAAGGAUGCUUACUCAAUGUCAACAAUCAAAGAUGGUAACAAUAAGGCUACCUCAGAGGCGAAAGAAUUGCAGCAAACUAAUGCAUCCUCUUUCGAUUUUCAUAAUGGCUUGAAUGGCUCAGUCGAUUUGUUUGCAACAUCUAAUGGAUCGGUAACAGCUGAUUCUGAGGCACAUCACGCUGGUGACUGGCAGGCAUAUUCCUAUGGAUUUGGCAAUAGUCUAAAUGGUUCAAUCGAUUUAUUCGCCACGCCAAAUGAACCAAUUGAUCUAUUUGCAACAUGUAAUGGAAUUUCUUCUGUUCACCCUGACAAUAUACUUGGAUUUGAUAUUGAACCAUCUAUUGCAUCUAAAAACGUUUACAUUCCAGCAUCAGAUGGUAGAGGUGAACAAAAGGAGAGUAAUGGUUCACUGGACCUUCAUCCAAUUGUUGGGAGUGCUGAAACCGAUGAGGAUUUUGGGGACUUUACGACGGCAUUUUCAGAUUCUGGAUUGAAACCUGAGGAAGAACGGAAGGUUAAUGAUGUUACUCAUUAUGAACUCCAAGCUUCUGAAUCUGAUGAUAAAGACCAGGUGAAGGAGUCAAAGUUAGAGAAUCAUAAAGGGGCUCUUCCCCUAUCAAUAUUUGGUGAUGAAGAGCAGGAGAUUGAUGGUUCAUCUAAUAUUGAAGAUAUUUUUGUCCCCCAUAAUGCUUCUUACUCGAAGAAUGAUAGAAGUCCAGAUUCAAAUAUUUCCAUUAAUGAUCUCAUUUCAAAUUUAUAUAGCCAAGCUGAACAAAUCUCACCUAGUCACUCUGUUCAAGUGCCAAAUAGCAUUAGUGACAAUCCACAAGAUUCAGUCUCAAAUUCAAAUCUGGUGAAUGGUGAGGAUGACUUGGAUGAUGGUGAAUGGGAGUUUAAGGAGGGCUCUUCUCCAAUGAGAACGGAUAACGAUACUUCUCUUCUUACUUCUGAGGAUCCACCAAAGAAAAGCUUUUCCAAACUCAAUCUGGAUAAUUAUUUGGAUUUGUACUCUAAAUUAAGGAAGGAGUUGUGCUGUCAUGCUAAACGCCAUCUCGAUGAGCUUAAGAGAGCUCAAAGCAUUGAUGGACUUCCAGUAGAGGAAGCAAAAAUUUCAACUCUUAAUAAGGAAAUUGAGGAGGCUUGCAAGGAUAUUGACCUGGAUAAUGCUAUGUGCAAGGAUGGCCAUUUGGAAGAACAUUUACCUCAAAAUGCUUGUAUGAGUGCAUUUAUUGAGAUUUUGCAGGAACCAGAAUUUCAAAUACUUGAAUCAGACUACCACUUAUCAAGGAGACUAUCAUUGGUGGAGAAUGAUUUGGAAACAACAGCGGAUCUUGUAAGACAUGCUACAAUGAUGCUAAAGAUUUUGAGAUCAGGAUCUUUGGAGGAGCAAUCAAUUUAUGUUUCAGUAUGGUAUAAAAUGAUCUCUGUUUGUGCCCAAGAGUUGCAACAUGGCUCCUGUAUAUGGAAGAAGAUAUUGGAAAUGAAUGCUCAGAGUCAUAUAUUAUCUCUCCCCAGAGGAAGGGAAUUCAUCCGGGCCCUGGGUGAGAUCUACCGGGUAACUUUAGUGCUUGAAGCAUCUGUGAAACUUUGCAAACCUUGGAUUUGGUUGAAUUCUGCUCAGUGUACAAGUAUUCAUUCUGUGCUAGAUGAAUGUCACACUAUGUGGUCCUCUUUGGGUCUUGGAGAAGCUGUGUCGAGUAUGUUAGACUCUGCUUCUUCUGGAGAUGGGAGAUCUGUUGCUUCAUUGCUGGACUCUAUCAAGUUAAUUCGUAGUCUUGAUGCAGUUACCCUUCAAAAACAUCUCUAUGCUCAGAAAGAGGUGUGUAGGCUGUCGCUUCUAACUUUGGAAGUAUUACCAGGGAUGAAACUUAUCGACUGGAAUGGAGAGCAUUACUUCCUCACACUUGCAAAUCUGUGGGCAAAUCUUAUAAGCAGUGACCCUCCGGAGUUGCCACAUUUAACUAUUGGAUGGUGAGAAAAUAUCUAAGGUUGGUAUCAAAUUUGUGAAGUGUCAAAUCUGAGAUGAGGUACUUGGAUUAGCACCAUGUCAACUGGAGAUUGCUCUGCAGAGGCUGCAGUGAGGAAUGUAGACUGCUUAUUCUCCAGGGCUCUGGCCUUUGACUUAAUUGGAAGAGUUUUGUGCGCACAAAAGUAUGCUCUCGGACAAAAAAAAGGCAGCUCUGAACAUGGAGAAUACUGAGAGGAAUGUGCAGAAGCACAGCUUGUGGAUCCUUUACAAACAGAGUAGAAAGAUGCAUUGUGACACGAAUUACAUCGAUUUUGGUUUUGGCAUUCUUUUCUCGCAAGAUAUGUUGUAAGCAUAGUAUCAAUAGGUCAUUAUUCCGAUUUUUUCCCUUUUUCCUCAAUUGGGGAAAGGGAGGAGGUGUGUGACCUUAGUCACAAUUGCACCAUUAAGUUGCAUGUGUAUAAGUUGUAUGUAUUUGGUGAAAUCUUAUGUUACAUCCAUAAAGAUAAAAGUAGGAUUGUAACUUGUAAGACAGAACACAGAUUUCGAUUCUUUUGCAGUGCCUGUUUGCAUAAUUUCUGAUCUGCAGUGGUGAAUUCCGAGGUGUAAAAUGUCAAAUUAGAAUGCA